UCUUCGCAACUGUUCUCAAGCGUAUUUUGACGGGCAAGUUGGUUCUCAAGUGUUUUUUAGAGCUUCACAGUUGUAUUUUGGAAAUCUUCUCCCCGUAGGAUUCUUUUAGUUUUCUCUCUAAUGUCGGAUGCAACGCCACUCAACAGACUACCCAGAGGUUUAUCAGCAUCCAAAGUUGAUGAAAGAAGAAGUAAAUUACACAAUGACAAGUUGAAAGAAGUCCAAGUUGAUGAAGCUUCAAAAGAAACCAAAAAUCAAGUUGGCUCAAAGAGGAAAAAACCUAUGAAAGAUUCAAGAAACCAAAAGGGAAUUGAUUUGUUUGUGAAACACCAGCCAAAAUUAGCACCCCAUAUUAGUAGUUACACUAACACUGAUAUAGUAUCCCAGCUAAAAGAUAAGCUUACUCCCGAUCAGUUCCAACAAUUCGGCAAUACAUGCUUUGGCUCAUUCCUCAUUUCUUCAAAUGAAGCGAUUUGA